AUGGCGUUCUCCUGCGACAAGAGCGGCGAUAUGGACGUGUUAAAGCGCUUCGUGAACCAGGGGUCUUCAUCCCCAACAGAGAUGCACUGGCGGCAGGCACACAGUGCCCUGGAGACGGGUUUGUCGGACCACCGGACGUCCGACAAACCCGUUUCCAGGGCACUGUGUUCCUGCCGCCAGUGCAUCUCUGUUGAGGAUGAAGACCCCUGGUUCAUGAAGCGCUUUAACACGUCCAUAUCGCCGCUCUUGUCGCAGGAGAACGCCAUACUUUCGAAGAGCACCUAUUACUGGUGGCAGAGGCUACAGACUAAGCAAAAUGCCAACUACGGAGAUGUGGUGCGGAAACUAUUCAAGGUCGUCCCUGGCGAGGGACACUACAACGACUCAGCGCCCAAUCGCUGCAGGACUUGCGCUGUAGUCGGGAAUUCUGGGAACCUCAACGGAUCCGAUUACGGAGCCCUCAUUGACUCCAAUGACUUCAUCAUAAGAAUGAACAAAGCUCCCAUUUUGGGCUAUGAAAAGGACGUAGGGAACAGAACCACCCAUCGUGUCAUGUACCCAGAAAGUGCCACAAACCUGCAAAAGGACACGAGCCUGCUGCUGAUACCAUUCAAGACUUUGGAUCUGGAGUGGAUCACUAGUGCUCUGACCACAGGCACUGUGAAAUGCACCCGGAUGCCGGUGAUGGCCAAGAUUAAUGCAGACAAGAAUAAGGUGUUAAUAUACAACCCCACGUUCUUAAAGUAUGUCUAUGAUGUGUGGCUUGAACUCCAUGGGAAAUAUCCCUCCACCGGCUUCUUAACCUUGAUGUUCGCCAUCCACGUAUGUGAUGAGGUGAAUGUUUUUGGAUUUGGGGCAGCCAAGGACGGAACCUGGCAGCAUUACUGGGAGAAAAACAAAUUUACAAAGUGGAAGCCAACUGGACUGCACGCCGGAGACUACGAACUUCAAUUAACCAUUCUAUUAACUGACAAGGAAAUCAAGACCAAGAUCACCUUCUACUGGACACCCGCUGCCAAGGGAACUGAACGCCACAUCGCCACAGCCUCCAUCCCUCCCUGA